CUGUACACCACUGAGGGUUGGCAUGCCAAGCCCCGGCCGCGGCAAAUGCAGGGUUAAGGCGGGAGGAAGGUUUCCCGAGUCUGGGGGAGGCGGGGACGAGGGGGGAUAAGGGGCGGACCCCUCCGGGCCCCGCCCCGUACCGGAUCCUCGCCGUAGUCUCGUCGGGCUGGAGCCCCGGCUUUCUGCCCUAGCCAGAGCCGGCGUCAGCGGAGGCGGAACGGCGGGCCCACACCCCAGCGACACCAGAACCCCGGCCGGUGAAGGCGAGGCCUGGUUGGGGUAGACGCUCUCCCUCCUGGCACCUCUUGGUAGAAAUCAAGAUGAGCCCCCAUGCUGCCCCUGCACUGAGGCCUACAGCCUGAGCAGACGGCAUGGCCCACCACUGGCAGUGAAGGACAUGGCUACAGGAGGUGGCCGGGCCUUCACGUGGCAGGUGUUCCCCCCUAUGCCCACUUGCCGGGUAUAUGGUACUGUGGCACACCAGGAUGGGCACCUGCUGGUGUUGGGGGGCUGUGGGCAGACUGGACUGCCUUUGGAUACUGCUGAGACACUGGACAUGGCCUCACACACAUGGCUGGCCCUAGAGCCCUUGCCCACUGCCAGGGCUGGUGGGGCUGCUGUGGUUCUGGGCAAGCAGGUCCUAGUGGUGGGUGGUGUGGAUGAAGUCCAGAGCCCAGUGGCUGCUGUGGAGGCUUACCUGGUGGACGAGGGCCGCUGGGAGCGUCGGGCCACCCUCCCUCAAGCAGCCAUGGGGGUUGCGACUGUCGAGAGAGAUGGUCUGGUAUAUGCCCUGGGGGGGAUGGGUCCUGACACGGCCCCCCAGGCCCAGGUACGGGUAUAUGAGCCACGCAGGGACUGCUGGCUUUCCUUACCCUCCAUGCCCACACCCUGCUAUGGAGCCUCCACCUUCCUCCACGGGAACAAGAUCUACGUCCUGGGGGGCCGCCAGGGCAAGCUUCCGGUGACAGCUUUUGAAUCGUUUGACCUGGAGACCCGCACGUGGACCCGGCACCCAAGCCUGCCCAGCCGUCGGGCCUUUGCUGGCUGCGCCAUGGCCGAGGGCAAUGUCUUUAGCCUAGGUGGCCUACAACAGCCUGGACCCCAUAAUUUCUACUCCCGCCCCCACUUUGUCAACACUGUGGAGAUGUUUGACCUAGAGCAUGGGUCCUGGACCAAGCUGCCCCGCAGCCUUCGCAUGAGGGACAAGAGGGCUGACUUUGUGGUUGGCAGCCUCGGGGGCCACAUUGUGGCCAUUGGGGGCCUGGGAAAUCAGCCAUGCCCCCUGGGCUCUGCGGAGAGCUUCAGUCUCGCAAAGCGGCGCUGGGAGGCAUUGCCUGCCAUGCCCACAGCCCGCUGCUCCUGUUCUAGCCUGCAGGCUGGGCCCUGGCUGUUUGUCAUUGGGGGUGUGGCCCAGGGCCCCAGCCAAGCUGUGGAGGCACUGUGUCUGCGGGAUGGAGUCUAAAGGCCUGGUGAGAGCCAUCCAGGGGAGCCGCUGGGUGCUGGGGGACAGGUGCCUACGGCAGGUGCCUGCAGUUCCUUUGGUGGCCAAAGGAGCUCCCUGUGGCUCUGUUGGCUAGGAAGGUGUGGGCCAGUAGGCACUUGAAAUGUGGCCUUGGACUUGGGUUCAGGUAACCUUUGUCUUUCAUAUAGGACACACAUGUACUCACAACCUACCUUCACCACCAUUCACUCAUGGGCCAUGCCUAGCUCCGUCCUUGCCCUAGAACCUAGUAGGUCCUUUGUCCAACUGGGAAGCAGGGAAGGGAGAGCCAGCCUGGGGCCCUGUGAGGUUAGUGCCUGUCUGGGAGAUGAUCUGGCCUGUCCAGCUGCCAGCCUGCCAUGAGGGUGCUUGUAGACCCAGGAGUGUCCAGAGAUGGAGAAGGACACAGCGGGAAUAGAGGAGAGACUGGGGUGGGGGGACCAGCAGAGGGCUGAGCGAAUGCUGGUUGGUUGCCCUUGACACUACUGGGCGAGUCAUUUCACCUCUCGGUGCCUCAGCAUCCUCAUGUGUAAAUGGGGAGCCGCGAAAUCUUCCUGCCCUACCUACCUCACAGGGCUGUUGUGAGGACCAAGGGGGUUUGGAUGUGUAAGUAAAAGUCCUGCUCCA